CUCAUGCUCUGUCAAACACAAUUUCUCUUUUUGGCCUUGUAAUCACUUCAAAUUCCAUUUAAAUCCCAAAACCCCCUUUAAAUCCCGGCGCGCACGCUUUGGUAACUCCCCCAAAAGCCUCUCUUUAUCUCUCUUUCACUCUCUCUCUCUCUGUCUCAACUCAAGCACCCAUGUGUCAGUUACCUUCAUCUGCUGUCGCUUAUAAGUUCCGUUCAGACCAAACUGGGUUGUUGUCUGCCGUAGAACAGGAACCCCACAUGCUCACUCCUUUGGUCCCCAAGGCCCCAACAAUUGAUGAUCAGCCUCAUGGACAAGAACAAAACCCCAGUAAAACCCACCUCUCUCUUGCGCUUACAGAAGCCAGACACAUAGCCAGUAUAGCUUUUCCCAUGAUAUUAACGGGUCUUUUACUCUACUCCCGUUCCAUGAUUUCCAUGCUCUUCCUCGGUCGCCUAGGGGAGCUUGCCCUAGCAGGCGGUUCACUCGCGAUUGGAUUCGCUAACAUCACCGGAUAUUCUAUUCUCUCUGGCCUUGCUAUGGGAAUGGAACCAAUUUGUGGGCAAGCUUUUGGAGCUCAGAGAUAUAAGCUUCUUGGCCUCACCUUGCAGAGAACGGUGCUUUUGCUUCUUUUAACGUCAAUUCCCAUAGCUUUUCUAUGGUUUAACAUGAAGGAAAUUCUGCUCUUCUGUGGUCAAGAUGAAGAUAUUGCCACCGAAGCUCAAUCCUACAUUCUUUAUUCUCUUCCUGACCUUGUCGCACAGUCGUUUCUCCACCCUCUGCGUAUCUAUCUUCGAACCCAGUCCAUAACACUGCCCCUAACCUACUGUGCAACUCUCGCAAUUCUUCUCCACAUCCCCAUCAAUUACUUUCUCGUUUCAGUGCUUAAUCUCGGAAUCAAAGGCGUUGCUCUAAGCGGAAUUUGGACAAACCUCAACCUCGUAGGAUCCCUGAUAGCCUACGUUGUAGUAUCGAGAGUUUACAAGAAAACUUGGGGAGGUGUCUCCUCUGAAUGCUUGAGAGACUGGAAAUCUCUCUUGAAUUUAGCUGUUCCCAGCUGCAUUUCGGUGUGUUUAGAAUGGUGGUGGUACGAAAUCAUGAUCUUGCUAUGUGGGCUGUUACUCAAUCCUCGAGCAACCGUUGCUUCAAUGGGCAUUCUGAUCCAAACCACAGCUCUCAUCUACAUUUUCCCGUCUUCUCUCAGCUUCAGCUUAUCAACAAGGGUCGGAAACGAACUGGGUGCUAACCGUCCCGAGAAAGCGCGAUUGGCUGCAAUAGUUGGCCUCUCCUCUAGCUUCAUAUUGGGAUUUCUGGCACUGUUUUUCGCUGUGACGGUCAGGAAAACAUGGGCCACCAUGUUCACUCAAGACCCCGAGAUUCUCACCUUAACAUCAAUGGUCCUACCUAUAAUUGGACUAUGCGAGCUCGGAAACUGCCCACAAACAACAGGCUGUGGUGCCCUCAGAGGCACAGCUCGGCCUAAAUUGGGAGCCAACAUCAACCUAGGCUGCUUCUAUCUAGUGGGCAUGCCAGUUGCAGUAUGGCUAGGUUUCUUCGUAGGGUUCGACUUCAAAGGCCUAUGGCUGGGUCUGCUGGCCGCGCAGGGCUCAUGCGCAGUGACAAUGUUGUUUGUUCUGUUUCAGACCAAUUGGGACCAACAAGCCCAGAGAGCCAAGGAGCUGACUGGAACCGGCUCUGAUGACGAUGAAGAGAGUGUGACAUUGAAGGAUGAAACCACCCAGGACUCCACGAAUUCGUUAGUGUAAAAAAUUGGGCUCAUCACAUUGCGUGUGAUGGCUAAAGCCUACGACCAUUCCCCUUAUUGGAUUUCAACAGGGGAGUUGCCGUACACUGACCUUGUACUCUACUAUUCAAAUUCAAUCAACAUAGAAUAGUCGGUCUGUGCUAGGACAAAUUUUUUUGGUUCAUUUCCGUUGUUCACAAUUUUUUAUUAUUUGUAAAUAGGAUAAGAUUGAAAUGUAAGAGAGUUGUUAAUCGUUAGGGCCCUUUCUUCUAAUUCUUUUGUUUGUCUGUGUCCCGGUCAAAACUCAAAAGCACUUGCAAUACUUCCACUCAGAUAAAUACAUUUCUUUCUUCUAG